AUGCCCUCUGUGACCAGCGUCGCUGCCGGCACGGCGGCUGUCGGCAUGGGCAACGCGGGCUCAGGUGACCUUCUCUUCCCUUUCGAUGCCUCCGUGCCGACGCUGCGAAGCUCAAAUCCAGAAGACGAGGCUGCAGCUGCUGAGCUCGUACGUGGGCAACAGCGGCAGCAGCAGCAGCGCCGGCAUCAAGGGAGUAUUGGCGUGUCUGUAGAUGUUUCAGCGGUGUUGGACAGACGUGAGGAGACCGGCGGCGCUGGCGACGACCGCCGUCACCGCCAAAGCUGGCCGCGCGGGUCGACAAGCUCGUCCAGCCACGCCACCCGUGCGCGGCAGCAGGGGCCGUCGCUGCAGCCUCCUGAAAGCAGCAGAGCUGCGGACAGCGAGGUCAAGGACCAGCCAGCUCGCCAGAACUCGCGACGUGCUUACGAUGACCCCAAAGUAUUCAUGCGCGAUACGGAGAACGAUGCACCCGGCACUUUACUCAUGCGGUGCGAGGAUGAGGGGAACUUCGCGCUGGAAUCUGUGCGCGUUCGCAGAGAUGUGGAUCGCACCGCUUAUCACGCGAAGGCGCUGGGGGGGAGCACAGCCAACGACUCCCGCGUGCCUGAGUUUGCGGGCUUCGACGCCCUCGACGAUGCGGUCUCGGCCAAGGCACCCGCGACGGUGGCCAGGGGAGUAGCAGUGCAGCACCAAGGCGAGAGUGUGCCUGCGCGGUCCCGCUCGUCUUCUCUUCUGGCCUUUUCGCAGGAGCUGCAGCGCACCCUACCACCGUCCGCGGUCAUCACCGCCAGCGACCAUUAUCGACGUCUCAGGCAGCAGGCCAUGGCGCAUCUGCCACCAUCACAGGCCUCCGAGGCGGUGGACGUCGAGGGGCCAGACACAGCACAACAAAACUGCCCAUCACCUGCUGCCCACCGCAUGCACUUGCACUUCUCACGUUGCUGCUCAGAGCCGCUCUGCGAGGCAGCCAACUCCACGAGGCUGCGUGCUGGCGUCCCGCCCUCCGUGUUACCGCCGCGGAGCACCUCUGGAGCGACGCACCCGCUACCGACAACGCCGCCGGCCGGCGACUAUGAACGCGACAGGAGCGGCGAGGAAGAAGUGGAGGAUGCGGCUAGAGACUGCGCGCACAGCGGAGAGGCCGCUCCCUUGGUGACGGCCCACUCGUCGUUGUCUUCCGUGACAGAUAGCUCAUCGCGCUCGCCGGCGACCACCUCGGUGGUGCAGCACAUCCACAGUCACCACACAGCAUUCGUGGCGGCCGCGUCCUCUGUCAGGACACAUCCACCUCCGCCAGCUCCCGUGACAGCGGCUUCCGCAGCGGCGUCAACAACGCCGCUGGAGAUUCCAGCGGCGUCGUGGAGGCGAGCGAAAGUGCAGCGACUUGCCACCCCACCGCUGGUGGGCUCAGGUUUGCUUCGGCCGAAGCUGUCGGCCACCGCACCGGCGGCGGCGUCGAUGGCGCAGGGACGCUCUCCCCGAACGCCGGGUAGUCAGCGCGAGUCGCACUUGAUGUCGCACGUGCGCGUCGCUCUCAUCGACGCGCGGGGCGUGCGUAGUCAUUUGGACGAGUUGAGGGCGCUUCUCCCCAAGCAUCGCACCGGUGGCGCAGGGGCGACGGCGGCGCAGGACAUCACGGGCGCCAUCGCUGGCAACAGCGAGCCUGCGGGGGCCACCCGCCGCGUCUCCGCCGCCGCCACUGCCGCCGAUACCCAAGAUGGACAGCACACAAACGCAAACAGCGUGGCAGGUGUUAGGGGGCGCGACGAUGAGGCAGGCGGGAUUGGCGAGAUGCUUGACGGCGGCGAGGAUUCCGCUGGCAUCGUGCACUGCACGACAGCCAUGAGCCCGCUGAACUUCUCUCUCCUUCAGGAGAUGUUGAGAGACGGGAAGGCUGAUGACAUCGGUGAGGACUGCGGCGGUGGCAGAAAUACUCUGCGGGCUCGCGCAGGCACUGGGAAGGCUUCUUCACAGCUGCAGCACUCGCAAGGCUUGCACCGUAACGGCAACGGCGUUGAUGGUGACGGCAGCAACGACGGCGGCCGAUCGCCAUCGACGACGCUCAGCGUUCGAGGCCUCUACACAUCGUCGCUUAACGCCUACCGGCAUCAGCGGCUAACGCAGCUUACCGAACAGCACCUUCAGUCCCUGUGGCUCGGCGUCAGCGCUGUCGCGAAGUCGGUGUGUGGCGUCACGGUCGAGCAAUGUGUGGAGAUGGACCUCAUACAGGGGUCGACACUGAUAGACGGGCAGGCGCUGCGUUUCCCGAGCGACACGGCUGCUGCUGCGGAGUCGGCGGCGCCGUCGCUGGCGAGCUCAUCCUUUGGGGCCCCGCUGCAGCAGCAGCUUCAAUACGCAAGGCCGCCGUCGCCGUAUUCUACCGCCUCGACUGCCUCGCCAAACUCACAGGGCCCACUGCAGCCGAGCGGCGCCGCCGUCUCUGUGCAAGACAGGGAGGCCACGGCGACUAAGAAGGCGUCUCAGAGUGCCUCAAAGCCGCCACCGCCAGCAGAUCCGCCCAGCCCUAUGCCAUCUUUCCACUUCUCAGAGGCCCCGCUGACAGCUGCCACGGCCGAGGUCACAGUGCAGCGACUGGCCAGCACCAAGAGGGACAACUCGCCUUCGGACCGCCACCGCGACUCCCAGCGCCGAUGUCUCGACGAGGCGGCGCCGCUGGACAGCGCCGCGGCGGGCGGCAACGGGUGUGUCCCCUGGCCUUCGCUUGCACGCGCCGCCGUCUCGGCCAUUGCCACCAGAGACUCGACCGUCACAUGCACGCGCGGCGAGGGGGAUGCGAGAAUCAACGCCCGCUCUUCCGCCGUGGCCUCCACCUCGCUGACGACGCGCACAAACACGUCUACGAACACGACCGCGAGCACCGUCAUGGUACACCCCUGCGCCCACUCGGACUGCCACCGCAGUGGCGACCGCGAUCGUAGCGGUUGCCACCACAGCACCACAUCGCCGACGUUGUUGUCGAAGUGGCCGAACGCGCCCACGUCGGGGAUCAUAUACACCCACAACACGCCGGCAAACCUCAGCAGCGCCACGGCGUUGCCCAGUGCACUGAGCAACAUCGGCAGCAGCAGUGAGAACCGCAUGUCGAACACCCCCAGCGCUAGCUGCAGUGCUCGCGGAGGCAGCGGCGGCUACGCGGUCGGUACUGCGGCAAGUUUGCUUUCCGGCUUGCAGAGUCCAGCAGCAUCGACAACGGCGACCACGGCUGGCGGGGGAAGGCCUCUGUACACGUUACCCUCCACCCUCCUCCAGCUACAGCAACAGCCGCCGCAGCACGGCUCCUCGCCGCAGUCGGCCCCGUCCGCGUCCGUAGACGGCGCCGCCCCUCCUAGCUCGUACGCGUCGCCGCCAGUAGCAACGGUUACCCACCUUUUUCCCUCGCAGCACCAGCCACUUGCUCAGGGCUGCACCGCUUCCGCCUCCGCCUCCGCCCCGCUCACCGCGCUGCCUCAGCACAGCUCUUCCAGCGUGUGGCAUUCGGAGACUGGCGGCAGUAGUUGCCCCCUUGCGGGUUCGGCGCCGGGGCCCACGUGGAUGCCGCCGCCGCCGCCGCCGUCACCCGCAUCGCCUCUUCCACCCGCGGCGGUUCACAGAGGCGCCUCUGGGGUGUUGGUUGUGGCACCGACGGUGCCAAGUGCGUUGCCCAGCCCCUACGGGGCAACGAGUAGCGGGGUCGGUGCUGGCGCGUCUGCUUUACGGGGACUGUGCACGCGCUCUUCAGGGCUGGCGCCGGAAACGCCCUUCACUUCUUCGCUCGGCUCGACGUUGACGUCCUCACUGCUGGUCGCCAUGCCGAGCCCUCCUCCCCUCAAGGCACCGUUCAUCAAGGUCCAGCGAGAGGAGGUGGCUGCCGACACGGCGCCCGAUUCACACUCCAACGCGCGCGUCAGCGGUGCCCGGCGCGAUGCUGCUGCUUCCGCGGUGGGUACCAGCAGUGCCGCGGCCCAUGCGCGAGGCGAGUGUCAUGGGCAGUCACCGGCCUCCCCCGCUCUGCUACUGACAAGCCACGAGAGACCUGGCGGAGGUGGCGUAGAGGCGCGCAUGGGAACCGCAGCCCAGGUCGGUUCCGCCGCGGCUGCUGCAAUAGAAGGGAUGGCUCGAGGAGGGAUGAACGGCGCGUCGAACCGCGUUGGCGCGGCAGCGGCACUGCCUCCGGCCAUCGUCUCCCCGUACGGCGUGCUAGCCGAGGGAGAGCUGUGUGUUGUGGCACCCAUUCAUGAGUCGAUGGAGUUGCUUGCACGCGAGACACACGGCAGCGGCGGCACACCCGCCUCGUCCGGAGCCACGCCGGUGAUGAUGCCGGGCUCACCCCUCACUUGGCGAGGCAGACUCGAGGCUCGCAGCAGCAGUCCUGUGCGUCGAAGUGCUGCCACAGGGGCGUCAGUGACGACCGCGGGGCUAGUGCCGCUCGCCCCGAGCGGUAGCAGUGAGGGUGUCGAAGAGUUGUCUGAGCCGUUUUCACUGAUGCGCUCGGCAGCGACGCCGUUGGCGCGAGGGCGAAUAGGCGUGUUGGACAUCACCACCACCACCACCGCCAGGGCCAUCACCUCUAAGACUACAGCUACGACCACGACCACCACGAACACAGCAUUGCCCACCACAGGCAAUCAUCUGUCGCUCGGCGGUAGCAUGGGCGGCGUUGCGAUGCACUUCAGCCUUCCAUCGACAAGCACCCUUCGACGGCAGCCGCAGCUGCAGCACGCGUUGUCUUUCUCUUCACAUGCCGGCAGCCACCAGCAGGACGUGUGUCUCCAUGAUAUUCGAUCACACGCCACUACUGCUACUGAAGUGCAAGGGGGCGAGGCGGCAAGCACGGCGCUGGCCUCGGCCACAGAACAGCCGCUGCCGCCAUCACAGCAGCACCGCACGAGAAGCAGAGACAAGUCAGUGGGGCACCGUGACGCUCAAGCGCUGCCGUUCCUGCGGUCCUCGCUGCCGUCGGAUGGAACAACACCGGCGUCCUCGACGCCGUCGCCGUCGGCGGCGUCCGCCGUCUCUGCGAACGGCGACCAGCAAUUAGUGUAUAAUGGCGAGAGUGACGGCACUGACGCGGCGGUACAGGCGUCUCACCAGCUUGCCACGCAUGCGGCGGCAGAGGGGGCGAGGGUGGGCAAGGCGUUGAAUAAAGAUUUUUCUACGGGUGCCGCUUCGGAGUUCACCGCGGUUCACGACUCGACCGCCUCGCCGCCGUCGCCGCGGCAGCGACCGGAUGAACAGGAUGCGGCCUCCGUAGCUGCGCAUCCGCGUGCGGCGUCUGCGGCAAGCUCGUCGCUGUCAUACACAACUAUCUCUGCUUCCACAGCGGAUGCCACGCCGGCCGCCGUGACGGCGAUAUCCGUCUCAGGGACGCGCGUGCCGUCCUCCGCUUCCUCAGCAACACUGCCGGCGCCCCUGCGAGCCGAACUGCAGUUGGAGCAUGGAGGCAAUGGUGCGUCCCUCACACGCCCCAUGGCCACCACCGGCUCCGCCCUUCACGACCUUGGCGACGACGAGGACACGAAUACGGUUGUUAAACGCAGCAGCAGCAGUGAGAUCAGCAGCAGCAGCGCCUCGCAUACACCGUCACGGGAGGCACUGCUGAUGGACGGAGCGCGGCAUCGGCCGUUGCAUGCAGUGCUUCCAUGGGCGCAGUUGCGUCCUCCGCCCACACGGACGUCGACUACCGCGUCGUUGACGAUGCACUCGGCCGACCGCGCUGACGCGCUGCUGGUGCGUGCGAACGACAUGGAAAGGGAAGUCAGGGAAGUCGACGUCAUCAGCGCCCUAAUGUGCGCCACAUCGCUGCCGGCUCGUCCCGGCGGCCUCGCGACAGGCACGGACGGAACACACCGGCCUUCCUCUCCAACAACGUCGACCCUGCCGGCGCGGGCGGAAGUGGUUCAUGAUAUUCCGGCGACUGAAGCGGAGGUGCGCAAGGCAGACGCUCUGGUGACGCAAUCCAAGGGUGAGGACGGUACAGCCGACACCCCUGGCCCCCUGGCACCCUCCCUGGCGCCGCGGUCGUGGGCGACGCGAGGUGGCAGGCAUGUCGGCGUGUGCACUGACUCGAUGGCAGCCGCACUCGACACGGAGCACAGCGGGUCUUUGACAGCAACGGCGCAGUCGUCUGAUAGGUCGCACAUGGUCGCAUACGCGGGCACGUGCAGUGGCGACGAUCGUGGUGAGGCAGGCGAGGCGAAGAGGAGAGGGGGGGCCGUUUCCGCGGACGAGCCGGCUGCCAGCGACAGCGAGGGUGGCCGUGAUCUGCUCUCCCUCUACGUGAACAGCGACGCACAUGACUUGCCGAGCUCACCUCGGCGUGCAGCUGCGUAUCAGCAAGCGCUGCAGCAACAACCAUACCACCAGCGCCAUCUGAUGCAGACGUGGUUUAGCAUCUUUACGAUUAGCUCCUCAGGGCAUUCCGCGAUGACGACAAGCUCACUGCGAACGGCCAUCACAGGCGUGGCGCUGAGCGCCAGCGUGGCGGCUCUUGGGCCACGGCUGAAUAUGUCCUCGAUGUCGUCUGGCACCCCGACAACGCUGGCGUCAGUCGCGGAGGUCAUUCUGGGGAUCGGCGCUGCAGGCAGUACUGUGGGCGGAGGCAGCGCCGGUGGCCUGUCCAGCGGCCACGCCGGUGCCAUUCCAUCCAUAGGCGCUGCCGCGACUGCCACAGCAGCUGCUGGCUCUGCGGCUGCUUCUUCGUUUACGGUGACAGUGAUCGCGCCCACCACUGCAGCCACCGGCAACUCGACCUGGACGCCGAGCAGCACCGUCACUCUCAGUAGCGACUCGGCGUCUGCGGCGGAGUUCACAUCACCGUCGACGUACUUUGGCACCACCGUGUCCAGCUCUGCGUCCUACUCGCUGAGCCCUGAGGGAUGCGGCAUCAUAGUGAGCGGUGGCGCUGGCGGAGGGGUGACGGCGGGGGUGCACUCUGUGUCGCCGACAGGGGAAGAGGGCGCGGUGUUCUUGCCGUGGCGCAGUGCAAGCGCGCCGGCACAAACGGAGUACGUCUUCCCAGUAGCCGUGAGAGCUGCUGGUGCUGAUGCUGCUCGUGCCGGUGGUAGCGGUGGCGGUGGCGCUGCAUGCGACGCAGAUUUCGAUGCGCUUCGCUUGGACGCAACGCUCAACUUGACGUCGGCCUCUGCGGAGAGCACGCAGCACGUGCUGAGUCGACUGAAGCCGUUGCCGCAUCUCACACCGCCGCACAACUACCCCUUCCUGUUACCGGAGGUGACCUCGCCGUGCCCGCGCGAUGACGACGUCUUCGGAGAAGACGAGGACGACGUCGACGCGUAUGACUACGCGCAAGACGUAGAUGACGCUGUCCUGCUGGAUGCGGACUCGGACGUUGAGCCUGAGGAGCGCCACCGCGCCACUGCGCGUGUCCGUGGAGGAAGCGACCACUCGUCGCGCGUCGAAACACCUUGCUGUGAUGGGGCCGGUGGCACCGGACGUGCAUACGGCGACAGCAACGUAGAGGAUCACGGUGCGGUUGUCAAGUCGGCAGCCUCGCAUUCACAGCAUCGCGGCGACGGCAAGGUCGACGUGGGGGCGUCGCCGACCCAACCGCCUCCGGAUAGUUGCUCGAACGGGGGGCCGACGCUGACCACUGUUGCCGCCUCCACGCGCACGGCAACCACUGAGGAUGGCGGCGCAAGCCUCUACGCCGCUGUCGUGUCGAGGACAGCGGUGGCGCACGCAUCGAGGGUGGGCGAAGUCGGCAGUGCGGAGGACGACAGCAGCACCGAAGGCCGCACCUCCUCAGUCCACCUCUCGGCGCGCUCUCUCGGCAUUCCGACUGCUCCCCUUACAGCCCCUGCCGGCGCGGGUCCAGCAACAGCCGUCGCCGCCAAGACAUCAAGUGCGGCGGCCUCCGCCAUCGAGGGCAACGAGGACGUGCGCGUCGUCAGCCUCCCUGGCAGUGGUGACGAUGUGCCGAUCGCGCCGUCAUGGCCACUUCUGUGCACCAACACCGCUUCUGCUGCUCCGCGCUCGCCGCGCAUAGUGAGCGACUCCCCGCUUCGGCUGCGCGGCGCCGUUACCAUCACCGCUGGCGGUGAUGCACUCGUGGCCUCGACGGCGACAACGGCGAUGGCGGCAGCGGAGAGGGAGCGUGCGGGCGCGCAGACCAGCCGCAGUGCGAGCAGGCCACACCAUCUCUCUGGGGGCGGCAGUGCUCUCAUUCAAGACGGCAUGCCUGCAAGCAACAGCAACAGCGGAGAUGUGGGUGGUCGCCUCUUUCCGCAAAACCCCACCCCGCCCGGGGCGGCGCUCGAGGAGGGGGGCGGUUGGGCAGAGGUGGCGGCGACAACCGUCUCUGAGGACACCGCCAAUGCGCUCGUAACUCCAGGGCUGCCGGCGAUGCAGCACUCUUCGCAGCGGCAGACCUCCUCGUGUGCUACGAUGGCGAGCUCGGUGACGCCCAUGGCAGUAGGAGAUGGCGAAGGAGUAGCGAAGCUACGGGACGGCGGCGGCCGAGAUGCCGACCCCGCCGUUACCAAAGGAGUGCGAGCCGCAUCGAUGGCAUCCCUCUUCGACGCCAGAGGCAUCGACCAACCCAACCGCAAGUGCGUCGGCCACGGAGAAAACUCGGUGGUAGGCGAGGGUGGAGGAAGUACCGCGGUGGAAGGCUGCAGUGACCGCCCGAGAGCGGAUAGGAGUAUCAGCAUCGACGGCGACGCCGCUGCCGUGUCGCAUUCAGCGGAGACAGCAGAAUGGAAGAGGAGGCACGACGACAGACGUGCAGUGGGUGCGAACGCCGUGCUCAGUGGCGCUGCACCCGACGCUGGCGAUGAGUUUCCGAUCGCAUCUACACCGCUUUCGAUGACGCCGGCGCUUCGGGCGGCAGACGAUUCGGACAGCGACGGUGCUGUCCUUUGCCUUCUGCCGGAGGCGGCGCGCAGCAGCACCGUGCCGGAGCGGACGCCUUCCGCAAGGCAAUCGGAGUCGCGUGGGCCACCACCACCACCGCCGCUGCCGCCAGCGCAGUUCUCUAUCCCGUCCUACUACCUCGCCCAGUGCGAAGACGGCCUUGCAGACGUGGCCGGCAGCCUCCACGGUUGGCAUGCAGCGACGUCGGCUUUCUUUUCAGGGGCAGACACCGCCGUCGCGCCCGGUCGGACGCGCGACGGGUGGAGCCGCCCCUCGAGCCGGGCGUCCGACCUGUACACCUCCAUGUCCGCGCUCGCGCGUCGCCGCUUACAACAGCGUGCUUUCUACAACGACGCAGGGUUGAGUGGAACCGCCGCACCGUCGCACACGACGGCCACGGCGGCGGACACGCCAUUGUCAGCGUCAGCGAUGCCGGAGCUGUCGCUACGCGUUGGCGCGACCGCUGAUCAUACCGAGAAAACAGCCACGACUCCGACUUCGCCCACCGCGGCGGCCGGCGCCACGCACAACGACCGCCUCUUGGCAUUGAUGAGGCGCACUUUACGGCUCGCUGACGGCGAGAGCGGCGCUUGCUGA